GGCUUCCCGCACACACACACACACACGGACUACUCCUCCAUCGAUCUCUCUCCCUCCGCUCGGCUCCAGCCGCCGCCGACGCCGUCCAUGGCCGCGCCCCCUCCCGCGUCUUCGUCGUCGUCCUCCUCCUCCACCUGACCGGCAGCGCGACAACGCGAGGUGAGCUCCCGCCUGUCUGUCACUCGUCUGCUCUGUUCCUGCUCGAUUGGGGAUCGAAUCAUCCGUUUCAAUCUGCGUGUGGAUCCAGGGCAUGCUCCUCCGUUCACUCCAGGCCCCCUCUCUAGCUAAUAAUAUGUGUCCGGAAAUUGCUGGAGAUUAACCGGCUCGCCGCCUUGUCUGCUACUGCCCCCCUUUUAGCCGCCGCUCGCCGCCGGCCGCUCCAUUCGAGGAGACGAUUCAUUCCGCUGCAGUCUCAACAGCUUGCUCUUGUGUUUUUUUGCGUUUUGUUUUUGAUUUGAUUUGGUGGCCCGCCGUGGACGAGCGCACGCACGCACGCACGCCCUGGGACUCCCGGAUGCGACCGAGGUUCGAUUAUUACUCACGGCAGCGUACUGCUGAUUGUGCUAUGCGCGCCUCCUCCUCCCUCACCGUCAACCACCAAAGGACCCCAACAUGUUUCCUCUUGGAGCCAGGCCGCCUCCUCCUAGCGCCAUGGACCGCCAUCACCACCAGCAGCCGCCGUCGCCGCAGGGGGAGCAUGCCGCCCAGCCACGCUGCUGGGAGGAGUUCCUCCACAGGAAGACCAUCAGGGUGCUGCUCGUGGAGACCGACGACUCCACCCGGCAGGUCGUCACCGCCCUGCUCCGCCACUGCAUGUACCAAGUUAUCCCUGCUGAAAACGGCCACCAGGCGUGGGCGUAUCUUCAGGACAUGCAGAGCAACAUCGACCUUGUUCUGACAGAGGUCUUCAUGCACGGCGGUCUCUCUGGGAUCGACCUGCUCGGCAGGAUCAUGAACCACGAGGUCUGCAAGGACAUCCCCGUCAUCAUGAUGUCGUCGCACGAUUCGAUGGGCACGGUCCUCAGCUGCCUGUCAAAUGGUGCCGCCGACUUCUUGGCCAAGCCGAUUCGUAAGAACGAGCUUAAGAACCUUUGGGCGCAUGUGUGGAGACGGUCUCACAGCUCCAGUGGCAGUGGCAGUGGCAGUGGAAGUGCCAUUCAGACACAGAAGUGUACCAAAUCUAAGAGUGGCAAUGAUUCCAAUAAUAACAGCAAUAAUCGCAACGACGAUGCCAGCAUGGGGCUCAAUGCAAGGGAUGGCAGCGAUAAUGGCAGUGGCACUCAGACCUCAUGGACAAAGCGUGCCGUUGAGAUCGACAGUCCGCAGGACAUGUCUCCAGAUCAGUCAGUUGAUCCGCCUGAUAGCACUUGCGCGCAUGUGAGCCACCUGAAGUCAGAGAUAUGCAGCAAUAGAUUAAGAGGUACAAAUAACAAAAAAUGCCAGAAACCAAAAGAAACUAAUGCUGAGUUCAAAGGGAAGGAGUUGGAGAUAGGUGCCCCUGGUAAUUUGAAUACAGAGGAUCAAUCCUCCCCGAAUGAGAGUUCGGUCAAACCAGCUGAUAAUGGACGGUGUGAGUAUCUGCCACAGAACAAUUCCAAUGAUACAGUUAUGGAAAAUUCGGAUGAGCCAAUUGUUCGAGCUGCUGACCUAAUCGGUUCGAUGGCCAAAAACAUGGACGCCCAACAGGCAGCUAGAGCCAUAGAUGCUCCUAACUGCUCCUCACAAGCGCCGCAAGGGAAAGACACGGACCGUGAAAACGCCAUGCCGUAUCUUGAACUGAGCCUGAAGAGGUCGAGAUCGACCGCGGACGGAGCGGAUGCUGCGAUCCAGGAGGAACAGAGGAACGUCGUGAGACGAUCGGACCUCUCGGCAUUCACGAGGUACAAUACGUGCGCGGUCUCCAAUCAAGGCGGUGCAGGGUUCGUCGGGAGCUGCUCGCCCAACGGCAACAGCUCCGAGGCCGCGAAAACGGACGCCGCUCAGAUGAAGCAAGGCUCCAACGGCAGCAGCAACAACAACGACAUGGGCUCCACCACCAAGAGCGUGGUGACCAAGCCCGCCGGCGGAAAUAAUAAGGUUUCGCCCAUCAACGGCAACACACAUACCUCGGCGUUCCAUCGUGUGCAGCCGUGGACGCCGGCAACAGCAGCAGGGAAAGACAAGGCUGAUGAAAUGAGCAAGAAGAAUGCUGCAACAGCAGCAGCGGCGAAAGACAAUGGUGGUGAAGCACAGAGCAAACGCCCCUGUGCAGCGGCCCAUGACACGAAUGGUGGAUCAUCGGCAGGAGGCACUGCUCAGUCCAAUGUGGUCAAUCCUUCGGGUCCGGUUGAAGGUCAUGCUGCCAACUAUGGUAGCAACUCUGGCAGUAAUAACAACACCAACAAUGGGAGCACCGCAGCUACUGCUGCUGCUGCUGUACAUGCUGAGACCGGUGGCAUCGACAAAAGAAGCAACAUGAUGCACAUGAAACGGGAGCGCCGGGUGGCCGCCGUGAACAAGUUCAGAGAGAAGAGAAAAGAGAGGAACUUCGGGAAGAAGGUGCGUUACCAGAGCAGGAAGAGACUGGCCGAGCAGCGCCCGCGGGUGCGCGGGCAGUUCGUGCGGCAGCCGCCACCGCCGGCUGCCGUUGAGAGAUAACCUCCCGCCACACACCUAGCUAUACCUAGUACCUACUAUUUAGACAGCUGAUUCUUGUGUCUUUGGCCAUGGAUCAUUCAGAGACGGUCCUCAUGCAUCUCGUCUCAUCUCCUGGAAGAAGAAGAAUAACAAGCUACUCCUCCUGCCUGCCUUAGCUACCUACCAUAGAACAUGCCGGCGGAGGAGGACGACUGUAGAGUACAUAGUACAAGUGCGGAGUCGAUCAGACAGGCUCCCGAGCGCUAAGUAGUACGUAAGUAAUCAAUUAAUGUCUGAACCUGUAUAACGGCAUGAGUGAGUAUUGUGCUGUACACUCGUCAGCAGCUUGGCUCUGGCGGCGGCGGCGGCAUUGCACGCACGCGCGCACGCAUCCAACCAAGCCGAUCGAGUGUCUCUGGUGUCAUCAAUCAACGCAUAUUUGUGGUUUACCAGCAAGUCAUUACUGUAUAUGUACUUGUCCCAAAUCUAUCUUACCCGUGUCGGCAUCA